AUGGAGCUUUAUCGCAUCGCUUUAUACAUAUUAUUAUGUAUAGUUUUAUAUAAUGGCCAGAAUCUAGCAGAUUCCACGCCUACUCGGCAAAGUAGAACCACAAAAAUUCCUAAUAGUGUCCAAACUAGGAGAAUUAGUGGUUCUACUAAAAAUAAGGAUUUUGCUGAUUUUCGGGCCUUAAAACCUAAACCUCUUAAACCUCCUGACACCUCUGUGUUAGAAUCGGAUCCUUACGGUCAUGUAUCAAAUUUUAGUUUGAUAAAAGUUAACAUAGAGAAUAAGAGAACGAGUGAUAAAAUUACGUAUGAAUACAAUUCAAAAACUAAUACUCACUCAUUUAUCGCAAACACAGGAUUUUUGUUUGAUGGCGCUGAAGAAGAUUCCAGAACAUUAUGGGAAUGUAAGCCUGGCGAGUACGCUGACAGAAUAAAUAUUACUGAAUCCUCAGAUGAUAAACGCUUUAUUAAGGUAUUUAUACCAAAAGAAGCGGAAACCGAGGAAUCUGAAAUCGAAUAUGAUUGUCAAUCGGAGUUGAAACUUCCAAAGAUUUAUGAUCCUAAGAAAACUUCCAGGGGGGUAUUUAUGUAUGACACUGAAGAUGAAUAUGCUGAUAUGUCAGAGCAAGCUAAGGCCUCAGAGAAGCCAAAGCCUGUAUCUAGUCUCGACUUUGAGAUUCAGGAAAUUAAGCCUGGAUCUAAAAGGCUUCCAGAACAUGAAAAUGAAUUGAAAUUUUUAAGAGCAUCAGAAGUAAAACAUAUACAGCCCGAACCUGAACAAUUGUCUGCACCUAUACUUGCUACAUUGGACGUUAAGGUUAAGGAAACCACAGCUACAGUGCGCUAUGAGUACGACAAUGACACUGGAACGCACACCUUCACACCCAACCCAGGAUUCUUAAUUGGUACUGUCGUUAAAGGCACCCACCAGAUGUGGGUGUGUGGAGAUGGUGUAUAUCCUGAGAAGGUACUUGUUUUUCCUGAUCAGAGUGGAGAGAUGAUGUUGAGAGUUCAGUUCCCUAGACCUCCACAACCUCAAUCAGAUUCAGACUUUGAGUUCGUUUCGAGAUCCCAUUCCGGCAGAGUUGUAGUCCCAACCGCUAGAGCAUAUGACCCAACGCCUAGGCCAAUACCCAUGGAUCGUUUCCUAUUUCAAGGUCCUGUUCAAGUAACUCCAGAAACCUCGACCUAUACUCUUGAGGUAGAUCAGGUGCAUUAUCCCCAAGAUUCGAGUCCAUUUAGAAUAGGUGAACAUACUAGUACUGUGCCUUCAUUUGAACCUGUGUACACUGAAUCAGAGGUACCUCAACAAAAGAUUCCAGUGGAUCUGACGAUCGACUUUAGGUGGAAUACGUUCCUUUUUGACUACUCUAAGCUGAAUAACGUUGCCACCUAUACAGCAAAGGAAGGAUAUGCUUUUGGAAAGGUUAAAUUGUUCAGAGGAUAUUACUCACGUGGAUCUGACUUGGUGCUUUGGGAGACUGAAGUUCCUGAGAAAUUCGCUAACAAGGUGGUCGUCAUAGAACACAGUAAGAUUAUUUUGUACCUGGAUAAUGCUACCACAGUGGUCUUUAAAAAGGGUUAUAACAACUUGUGGAUUGAGGACGGGUACACCUUCCAUGGUUCAGCUCUCGACUGGGACUAUCAAUAUAUAAGGCUUGACAUAACCCAUAGAAGAACCACUGAAGUUUACAAGGUAAUUAGGCACUACCACGACUCUAGAAUAACCGAGCAUCUGUAUGUGCCUAAGAACGGCUAUAAGUUUAGCGUUGUUAAGCAUGCUGAUGAGAUAGUCUGGGCCAUUACUGACCAGAAUAGGUACUCGACCAAGGUAUCUGUUUUAAGGUUUUCCAAUCUUUUCAUUGAAGUUGUCAUAGGGUUAGUGGAUGGAACGACAUUGAUAUUUAUUAAGACGUCCUCUGGAGAUUUCAAAAGGAUCAAUUUUUGA